AUGACGAGAUUAUUACUCGUAACUAUUCUUAUAUCAUUAUUAUUAAAUCUAAUUGAUUGUCGUUAUGCUGAAUGGGAAGAAAUAAAACCAUAUUGUGGUGCUCGUCCAAAUCCUCAAUGUUGUGUAAGUCGUGAUGAUGAUUGUUUUAUGCCAUAUUAUGAUUCUCGUUGCUAUUGCGAUUCAUUUUGUUUUCGUGGCAUUGAUAAUCAUGAUUGUUGUCCAGAUCAUGAUGCUGUAUGUGAGGGUAAACCUGCACCACCACCACCAACACCCGCACCACCUCCACCAGACAUUCGUUCAUGUUAUGAUUCAGCAACUGGUCGACACUAUCAAUUAGGUCAAUCAUUUUUACGUGACUGUAAUUUAUGUCGAUGUAUAACUCUUGGUUAUCAAACAACAUUAUCAUGUGAAGAAGAUCUUUGUGUUAAUAAUCCUGAUCUAUUAUCACAUAUUAAUAAUCAACAACCAUAUCUUGGUUGGAAAGCUGGAACAUAUGAUAAAUUUAAUGGUGUUAAAGUAAAAGAUGCAUUAAAACAUUAUCUUGGUACAAUACCUGAUCGUAGUUUACAUAAUAUGGUUGAUAAUGCACCCGAUGAUCCAAAUGAUUAUUUUCGUAUGGAUGAAGUUGAUUCAUUUGAUGCACGUGCACAUCCAAAUUAUGCCGGUAAAAUACUUGGUAUCCGUGAUCAAGGUAAAUGUGGUAUAUCAUGGGCAUUAUCAACUGUUGAUGUUGCUUCUGAUCGUCUUUCACUUGUUCAAAAUAUCAAACGACGAAAUGAACCAUUAAGUGUACAAAAUAUUUUAUCAUGUACAGAUAAAGAAGCUAAAGAUGGUUGUGAAGGUGGUCGUGUUGCAUAUGCAUGGGGUUUUAUUAAAGAUCGCGGUGUUGUUACUGAAGAUUGUUAUCCAUAUGAAAGUGGUACAUUAGGUAAUAUAACUGAAUGUAAACUUCAUUUAAGUGAUAGUGAUUUACAAAGUAUUGCACAACAUCGUAAAUUAUCAAAUAUUCGAUGUCCAUCAAGAGCUAAUGGUGAACAUUUUAAUUUUGGUCCUGCUUAUCGUGUUCGUGAUGAAGCACUUUCAAUUAAAUAUGAAAUACAUUUUCGUGGACCUGUACAAGCAACAAUGCGUGUUACACCAGAAUUCUUCUUAUAUAAAUCUGGUGUUUAUCGUUGUGGUGGUUCAAGUUAUGAUCGUCAAAAUCCACGUUAUGCUAAUUUGGCUGCUUAUCAUUCAAUUCGUUUACUUGGUUGGGGUACAAGUAUUGAUCCACGCACACAACAACAAGAAAGUUAUUGGAUUGCAGCUAAUUCAUGGGGUAAUGGAUGGGGUGAAAAUGGGUACUUUCAUAUUCGUUUUGGUGAAUGUGAAAUUGAAGAUACAGUUAUCGCAACAUAUGGUAAAUCAACUGACGUUUUUAAACGAAAGAGUAAACGCCAAUAA